UUAAAAUGGGAAAGAUUAUCUUCUAUGAGGACAAGAACUUCCAGGGCCGCUCUUAUGAGUGCAGCUCUGACUGCUCUGAUCUGCACUCAUACUUCAGCCGCUGCAACUCCAUAAGAGUAGAAAGUGGACCAUGGAUGAUCUAUGAGCACCCCAACUACAGAGGAUACCAGUACUUCCUCAAAAGAGGUGACUAUCCCGACUGCCAGCACUGGAUGGGAUUUAAUGACUCCAUUCGUUCAUGCCGCAUGAUUCCACAGCAUAGAGGUCCAUACAGGAUAAAGGUAUUUGAGAGAGAAGACUUCAAGGGACAGCCAAUGGAAUUCACAGAUGACUGCGCCAAUGUUCACGAGCAGUUCCGUUAUCACGACAUCCAGUCCUGCAAUGUGUUUGAAGGAUAUUGGAUCUUUUAUGAAGAACCCAACUACAGAGGACGCCAGUAUUACCUUAGGCCUGGAGAGUACAGGAGAUACACUGACUGGGGUGCUGUCAAUAGCAGAGUUGGCUCUCUGAGACGUGCUAUGGACUUUUAUUGAUGUAAAAUUAAAAAUUGUGAAACUUUCACUAAAUAAAAUAUUUAAAUUCUGAAGUAUAAA